AGUUCCUGAAUGUUUGUUGGUGUUUACGCGGGGUCAUGAGACAUUCAACCAGUCAGCGAAUAUUUGGCUGAUAAAUAUCUUCCCCGGAUGUGACAGUGAGAUGAAACACACACAAAGGCCACCAUUAAGAUUUUAAUUUAAAAUGAAAGAAAAGAUCAGCAACGAUUUGUCGUAUAUAAAGGCAGGUUACCGUAGUGACAAAUGGAAAUGGGUGCUCAGUUUGCCAAUGGUCAAUGGUGGUGCACCAGUCAGCACGUUAAAAGAGCCAAAAGACUCAGAAUUGUGUGGCUCUACAGUAAAGGAUGAUGCCUCAGAAGACACUGUUGUCGUCGAGAAGAGUGUCUCAGACAGCAGUGAUCAUUCUCAGACAACGGAUACAUUUGUGAAGAACAGUGAACCACAGAGCCUUUUGUCCACUUUUAAACCAUUCUCAGAAGAUCAGCUAACAAAAGAACAAAUCCUGAAAACUUAUGGAAUGGACAAAAGCCCAAAAACUCUUCCAUGCCAAAAGAGAUGUUCAAACAAUCCUUGGUGCCUAGCAGAUCUUAGGGGCGGAGCAGGGAAAGUGAAAGUUCGUCCCACAGAUCAACCUCGAGACCAAAACAAACCAGUUGGGCUACAAAAUACAGCAAAUACAUGUUGGAUUAAUUCAGCUCUACAAGCAUUAUUUCAUCUCCCAAAGUUCAGGAAUGUCAUCAAUGCUGUUGAUGGAUUUGCUGAUGAGGAGAGUCUGUCGUGCAUGUUGUACCUCCUUCAGGCCAUGUUUGUUGAAAUGGACACCCAUGCCAAUAAAGCCAUAGCAUGUAGUCCUGGUAGUGUGUUUGAAAGAAUGGGGCUCUUUGCAACUCAGGAAAUCAUGCGGAAGGAUGCAGACCACGAAGUGCUGAAAUGUGUUUCUGAAUUUUUGGAAAACACCAUUGACACACUAAUUGCUGAUCCCAAGUUAGGGUCAGAGCUAAGACCGCUGUUUAAUACAAAUUUAAUGAGGCUUGCAAGAUGGAAAUGUCCGGUAUGUGAAACAGAACAUGAGAACCAUUUGGCACCUGCCACAUCUUACACCAUGGCUGCCUACGUGAGUGGUGAUGAGUGCCCGCUUGACCAGUGCCUUGUAGACCUUCAAACUGAGACUCAGACUGGGGUGUCCUUGGUGUGUGGAUCUGACAGCACCAGUACAGGAGGAUGUGGGGCUAGGGUGAAAGCAGAUCGCAUUGUAACGCCAAAGAUUCAGAAUUUACCAGCAGUUUUAGUCAUCAGGAAUAAUAGCCUUAUGGAUCGCGAUCUGAAGCGACGUCUGCAUGUUGUGUAUCCCGAAAUACUUGAUUUGACAUCUCAUACGCUGAAUCAUGUCGCUGCAACAUAUACUCUCUCUGCUGUGAUCUUUCAUCACGGUCACUGGGUAAAACACUUUUCAGCUCAUGUGAAGACUAGAGAGAACAAGUGGUUUAACUUUAAUGAUGAACAGGUCUCGGAACUGACAAGUCGAUCGACGGGUGGAAAUCCUUCCGAGAGUCACCGCAACUACUUCAGUAUUGCAAAUGUGGCCAAUAAGUACAAACACCGUUCAGGAUUGAGAGUCUCUCGUGGUGCAUUUGUUUGGAUUUACGUGAGGAGCAAUAUCUCGGAGUCAGAAGAAACCCACGUGCCACCACCUGAAUCCAUAGUUGAAUAUGUUCUCAAAAAACAGGAGGAAAGUAUGACUGUAAAUCACCAGCGACAAGCAGAGAUGAGGAAGGAAAAAGAAGAACUGUUAUCCCAAUUGGCUGUGGUUGAUAUGUCUGAAGACUACUCACUUAUCUCAGAACCCCUCCUAAGUGCCUGGUUUAAUGAUGAUGAUCUUCACUAUAUUCCACAACCAUCAGUUCUUGCUCAAGUUCUCUGUGAACAUAAACUUUUCAAUCCACUAAAAUUUCACUUAAUUAAGUGUGUAAGAACUGAAGGGGUAAAGGCCAUAGCGAAUCAUCAGUCUUGGAUUCACCAAGAUGAGGCUCUACUAAAAUUAGGUCUGCCACUGAGCUUGCAAGCAGAUACUGGCUGUUGUAAACAUUGCAUACUUAAAGCUGCUAACCACAUUUUGUUUAUAGAAAGAGUCAAGGCUCUCCACAAGCAAGCUAAGAAAGAUGCUCGAAGAGAACAUGACAGAACAACUAAAGUCAUUGGAUUGGAAACUUUGGAAUUUUGGCCAAGAUUAGCAUUAAGUGCCUAUGUAAAGGAACAUGGAAUUGAUAUACAAGAGGAAGCAGAAGAAAAUGUAAUAGAGAUUAACAAAAAAACUGAAGAUAAUAUUAAGAAUGGCAAUCAUAUUGUGGGUUGUGAUACAAAAGUUGACAGUUCUCAUGUAAAUGGUGAUGGAUGUGAAAAAACUGAUAAAAAAACAGAAUCAGAUGGGGUGGUUAUCUCUAGCUGUGAUACUACAAAUUUAGUGCCUGAAACUGAUUUUAAAAUUGCCUGUGAUAGCCGGACAGGAAAUGUAAAUAUUGACUUAGAUCUAGAAGAUAAAGAUGAGAAAGUGUUAAAUAACUUGGAGAAAAAUGUAUGCAAUAGUGUUGGAAGUGAGACCAAAGAAGGAAAUAGUGAAAUAAUGUUGUUUAAUGAAGACAUAGUAUGCAACCACAAUCUUCUCUCUCCAACUGCAUAUUCUUGCAAAAUUCCUGAAGAAUUGGCUCUUGAAAUAAUGAAGCUUUGUGGGGAAUCGAUACACCCAGCCAUAUACCAGGAAGAUUUUAACAGUUGUCCAGAUUGUGGGACCAUUUUAGAGGAAUCCAUGCGUACCUGCAGCAGUGGAAGACAGCAAAAGAAACAGCUAAGUAAUCUUUUUGUUGAGAAGAAGCGGCCACAUCCAACACGUGAUCCAGGCAAACAAAUCUUCCUAGUUUCAAGAAAUUUUAUGGCAGCAUGGAAAACUUAUAUCAGGGCAUGUGAACGGGGGGAUUUGGAGGUGACUGCACCAGCUCAGCUGGAGAAUGCCCCACUUCUUUGUACUCAUAACCAACUUCUGUUCCCGGUCUUCAGUCUACAGCCACACCAGAUGAUUGAUUACCUGGUGCUGGUGUGGGAGGAGGAGUGGGACAUCUUGAAGGAGCACUACCCGCCUGACCACAUCAUUAGCGCCUCCUACAGCGACGCUGGCCUACUCCUCACGCAACCCAGUGUGUGUGAGAGCGGGUGUGUGGAGGUGCGGGCCGCCCAGGACUACGAGGACCAGUUCUCGUACGAGCACCAGAUCAUCCACGUGCGCCAGGUGAACUCCGUCAACGACAUCCCCCGCAGGAGUGGACGCAGCAGGGGCGCCCAGGCCCCCUUGUCUCUCGCCCUCACCACAGAGAACAUGGGCCCGCGGAGCAAGAAGCCGCGGCUGGCGUCCCAGACGGGCGGGGGCGCGGGUGGCAGCGCCUCCUCCUCCGCCAGCAGCAGUAACCAGCGUCUGGUGAGGGCCUCCAAGACCUUCUCAUCUACCGACACCCUUCGGGAGGUGCAGAUCUUUAUAGCUGCGCGGACGGGGAUCUGGCCGAUGCUGCAGACGUUGUGGAUAUGUGGAGAGGAGGUGAGUGAGGGAGUGGAGGAGCAGCAGCCGCUCCAACUCACCGACGACCACUGCUCCAUGACCCUCAAUGCUCUCAGGGUCCGCCCUGGCGACACCAUCUACUUCAGAGCCGCCGUGGAGGAUAUGGAGCGAGCCGCUGGAGACGGUGUUAUGGAAUUCAACGAGAUUGAUGAUGAGUGGUAGGUGUGUAGUGGCAGAUGUGAGAGUUGCGAGAUGGAGCUACAGGAGGCGUGUGUUGGGGGCACACAUCCCAGGCGCUGCACUACAACCACCUGCCUGCUGGUGAAGGUUAUGACGGGCUGGGGGUGUGGGACCAUCAUAGGCGGUGACCUACACCUUGGUCCUCACCACGGCCUCCCCCACCUCCCCCACCCCCCCACCCCAUCCCCCCACCCUCCCCCACCUCCAUCACCCCCACUGUCUUCCCCACGCUUUUCACGGGGUCUUCGCUACGCCUGUCUAUUUACUGGUUCAAACUCACUCUCCAGACAUCUACCAUUCUACCCAUUUCUACCACCUUUCCCUUUGUACCAAUUUUAUCUACUCCCUGCCUCUACUCUCUGUGCUCCUAGCUACCCCACAUUAUUUGUACCCACGUAAACUCUACACCACUUUCGCGUCUCGUGGAACACCCCCCCCCCCCUCUUCCGUGUCCCCCCCCCCCCAGAACACCUCACCCCCCCCCCGCCCGCCUGGGAGAGACCAUUCCUCCCAGAGGCAACUGUACAAAGAGAUGCAUAACAAUGUGACAAACGUAACAAGGCAAUUCAAUGUAUUCCUGUUUAUUAUUUGAAAUGUAUUAUUUGGUCCACAAUGUUGUAUGUGAAUUAUCUAACGUUUGUAACCAUAAUAAUUUUAAGUUCUUUUAUGAUGGGUUUUUGUGCGUUCCUUUACUGACUUUGGUAGGUAAUUGUGUCUUAAUUUGUGACGUUAAGUUAGGGGCGAACGAGGCUUCGAGUCCUCAUUUUUUAGUGCCAUUGAGUUUCCUUACUGUGUAAACUUAUAUUACUUAAUGCUCGGAGUCUGAGGAGGUAUACUUUAAGCAUACUUUAUUUGUAUUCAUAUACAUUAUCUGUGUAUUUUGCCCUAGUGGGCGUUUUUCUUGGAACGUUCCAAUCAACCCGUGUGGGAACUUUGGAACGUUCCAAUCAACCCGUGUGGGAACAUUGGAACGUUCCAAUCAACCCGUGUGGGAACGUUGGAACGUUCCACUCAACC